AUGGAUACACCUUUAAUCGUCACAAAAUCUCCUAUCACCAGAAAAGAGGUUCAUCUCUUUUACCAAAUGGAUCGUGAGCUAUUUUGUUUUCUGAUCUUCAAACUUAACCGUGACGUGACUCAAUCACUUCUAGUCAUGGCCUUGUGGCUUUGGUUUGAAAAAGUUGGGUGUCAUAACCUUAUAAAAAAAAUAUCAUUUCUACCGGGUACCCUUAUCAAUGCCCUAGUGAAUGAAGCCGUGACUUGCUUGCAGUUUUUGGAGAUGGAUGACCGUAACAUCCCAAUUGGGGGUGGGUUGCCCUUGACCAAAAUUAUCAUACAAAAGGAGAUCUCUCUUCAUAUGUUCAACUUGAAAAGGUACACGUCAGUAACUGGCAUCAAAAUUGUUCUGAACCAAAUAUGUGCUCGAAUUUUCAAUGAUAUUUUGCAGAUAGUUCUGAAAAGACAAAAUACAAUUGUAACACAAGGUACUGCAUCACGAACUCACACAGCCAACAUUCCUUUGACACUUCCUGGUUUUCCUCACCCUUUAUUUGGCACCUUUGAUUUAUCGCCGACGAUUGAGAACAUCAAUUUGUCUGAUGAAAGGAUAUGGAUUGAAAAGAGACCCUAUGAUGAUGAUGAUGAUGCUACUACAGAUGAUGAUAGAUCAAUGUUUCUCACAUUUUCAAGGGGUUUUCCUGUGUCAGAGAUGGAGGUGAGAUGCUUGUUCACAACUAAUUAUGGGGAUUGUCUGCAAAGUUUAACCAUGGGAGGGAAUAAAAAUCAAGGUGAGCAACCUUUAUUUGCAGUUAUGAUCUUGAAAAUGGUGGAAUUAGUAGAUCAAAUUCUGAUGGGGAAACGUGUUUCCAAGCUUCAGAUCAACGGAAAACACAUAUGGGCUCGCAAGUAUGAGCCUCGGGUCUGA